AGGGCGAACAACUUCCUCUUUAUGCGUGACCGUAUAUUUCAUUUUCCGCUCCGAAAUGCGAGUGCAACUUGUUCGUUGAUUCAAACAGUAAGAAAGAAUAUGGAUGGAUAUUUCAUAAUGACAUUUUUCAACAUAUUUAUUAUUCAGAGAGCAAAACUUCAGACAGUUGAGUUGUUAAAGUCAUGUGGAAACAAAAGUACAACAGACGUGGCACUAUUCAUUGAAGUUCACAAAAGUCAGCAUGCUGAUCUUUCAAAGGACGCCUGCACAUUAACGGUGAAAACCACCCAACGGCACCACUUCUUGAUAAACAUUGAAAGUUUUACCCUUGGCAAAAAGGGAAAUUGUUCCGAUGUAAAACCACGCCUUGACCUCUGCACUAACAAAACUGAUUGUUUUGCUCAGGAAUGUGGCACCAUGAAGAAAUCUACAGUGUUUCCAAUUACUGCUAAUAAUGUCUUCCUAGUGCGACUUCUAUCCCCCAAAGGUUUAAAAAAACACGAUAGAUUCGUAAUUGUAGCAACAUCGUUAUAUCAAGCGCCUUGUAAAAAUGGAGAUUGGAAAUGCUCCGCGGCAGACGGAUAUUGCAUAAAGAGAACGUUACUGUGUGAUGGUCACCAAAACUGUCCAAAAGGUGAAGAUGAAGAGAGGUGGCGCUGUCACCCGAAACAGCCAAUGAAUGAAAUCCUCAUGGGUUUCCUCUUGAUAUUUCUCAUACUCCUAAUCUUUGUUGGAAUGCCGUCUCUAGUUUUGCUGAAGAAGGUAAACUGUGAGAAAAACGUUGAAUAUGAACGCUUAUUAGACUAGUUCGUGUGUUUUAUUAAAUAAAGAAGAGUUUCUUUCUA